AUGAACAAGGCUUUCCUUCUCGCGCUCGCUCGGAUUCUCCACGGCGGCUCGCUCCCCCUGCACAACGCCGCGCGCAAGCGGAAGACGAAGCUUCCUGGACGUUGCUGCUCUCCACUCCGCGUGCUGCUGCUGCUCCUGGUGCUGACGGUUGUCAGCGUGGCUCUACUGCUGCGCUCGGUUCAGCUGCAGCAGAAGAACGCAGAGGAGGCCGGCCCCAAGGGGUUCAUCCGCUACAGUGCGUACCGCCUGGGCGGCAGCUCCUUCGCUGUGAUUGGUCUGGGGGCGCUGCGCCUCCGCGCUCGCACGCACUUCCCCGGGUGCUCAUGGCACGACAAUGGGGCCGCCCCGGGGGAAGCGGGGAUUCCGGGGAGUGUGGAGGUGUUUUAUCCGGGGGAGCACCACGACUUGGAGUAUGAAACGGUGGUGCUCAAGUGCUUUCUCAGAGCUGACACUCAUGCCACGCAAGGGGGCAAGCUGCUGCUGCAGGUGCAAGUGCAAGCCACGCAUGGGUCGCGGGUCAUAUCAGUCAACACACAGCAGCUAGUCGCCUACCACGAGCCGCCCAACGCCUUUCCUGUCUCCCUGGAGCCGCAUCCCCCUUAUAAGCACCGCGUGGCGUUCUGCUCUCCUCCAGUACACUCGGAACUGGACGGGAGGAGGCUGUACGAGUGGCUGGAGUAUCAUUACCAUCUGGGCGUGGAUUACUCGAUCAUGUAUGAUGCAGGGGGCAUUGACGACGAAGUUACCCAAGUGCUGAUACCAUACGAGCAGGAAGGCCUGCUGGAGGUCAGAGAUAUUGGGGACUUUCUGGAGUACGAAACGUGGCUCUAUGCCCAGGUGAUGGUGGUGAACGACUGUGCAUACAGCACGCGCUUCUCAGCCAAGUGGACUCUCUUCUUCGACCUCGACGAGUUCUUCAACGCCGAUGACCCGCCCCCACCCCAGAAGGUGGAAGCCCACACGCAUGUCUUGGCCACACAACUAGACGCCAUGGAGCACUGGCACCGGCAGCUGCAGCGGCUGCGGAAGCGGUUCGCGCGGGAGAGAAGGAUGGAGCCGAGACGACAGAGGGAGAUGGAGGAGGAAGAGGAGGAGAAGUGGGAGGAUAAGGAAGGGGAGCGGAGGCAUGGACGGGAAGGAAAAAGGGGAAAGGAAGUGGGGACGGGUUGGGAUGGGAUGGAUGCGAGGAGGUGGAUUGAAGUAGAGGGGGAGGAUGAGGGGGAUGAGGAAGCGGAGCUUGAAGGAGGGGAGGUAGGAGCAGGAGGAGUUUCAGGUGGAGGCUCAGGUAAAAACAACAGAGAAGCGUCAGCAGCAGUAGGAGCGGCAGGAGCCGCAGCAGUGGCAAAGGCGGCAGGGCAAGGGCUUGCGCACCGAACACGCAUCUCUUUGGAGCAAAGACGGGCAGCAGAGCAGGCAGAGGAAGCAAACAACAGGCAAAACAGCACAAAAAUCGGGAAAGAAACCGCAAAGGCUUGGCAACAGCGCGUAGCACGGCAGAUGAGGGAGCAAUACAGGAAGCUCCGAGCGCGGAGAAAAGAGGACGAGACGGAGGAGGAGAAGGAGAAGCUUCCUGGGGAGGCGGAGCAGCAGCGGCACCUGCAGCAGCAGGAGGCGGAGCAGCAGAGUCAGAUGGAGGUGAUUCGCGCAUACAGGGAGCAUCUGAAGCGCACUGCAGGCGACCAGAGGCUCAUUCCGCUCGUGCUCGAGUCGUAUGACGGCGCCUCGUACCUGUCGCUUGGCACCCUGUGGUGGGACACCGAGAGGUGCGUAGACCCAUCAGAGGCCAAGGGCACGUGGGGCAUUCAGCGCAUGUUCUACCACUGGCCGCACAUCUACUGCCUCAAACCCGAGCUCUUCCCCAGAUCUGAGAUGUGCCUGGAUUACUACGGGCAUCGCAAGUACGCGAUCAACCUCGAAUACGUCUUACGAUUCGACUCCUAA